CAAUCACAAGAGAUGGAAGGUGGAGAAGGUCCAAAACCCCACAAGUAGAAGCAGCUCCAGAGAGAUCGAUCGUCCCGUCUUCCACUCCGCCUCAUUCACGCCUCGCACGCAGCGCAGCGCAGGCCUCGACCAUGUGGCGCGCGGCCGCCUCCCGCCUCCGCGCGCAUUGCCCGCCCCACGCGCUCCGCCGCCUCUACUCGCCGCCGCGGGUGGACCCGCCGGUCACGGCGUCCGAGGCGCGGCGGCUGGUGCGGCUCGUCGGGGUCGAGGCGCUGAAGCGGCGGCUGCGGGACGGGCCUCGCGAGGCGAUCGGCUACGGGGAGCUCCUCGACGCGUGCGUGGAGGCCGGGGCGGCGCGCACCCGCGAUGACGCGGAGGGCCUCGCGCGGGCCAUGGACGACGCCGGCGUCCUGCUGCUCUUCAGGGACAAGGCCUACCUCCACCCCGAGAAGGUGGUGGACCUGGUGAGAAGAGCGGUGCCACUGGCCCUCGAGGUAGAGGACGACCCAAGGAGAGAAGAGCUGAGGCAGCUCCAGGAGAAGAAGGACGGCAUCGACAAGCUGGCGCACAAGCAGGUCCGGCGCAUCCUCUGGUCCGGCCUGGGGUUGAUCAUGUCCCAGAUCGGCCUCUUCUUCCGCCUCACCUUCUGGGAGCUCUCGUGGGACGUGAUGGAGCCCAUCGCCUUCUUCACCACCGCAUCCGGGCUGCUCGUCAGCUACACCUACUUCCUCGUCACCUCCAGGGACCCGACGUACCAGGACUUCAUGGAGAGGCUCUUCCUGUCCAGGAGGAGGAAGCUCUGCGCCACGCACAGGUUCGACAUGGAGAGGUACCUGGAGCUGCACAGGCAUUGCAAGUGCCCUCUCGAAGGUCACUAUCCUCCUCAUGGUCCCAAGCUUCACAACUUGUAACACCUGAAGUGAAAUCUCCCAGCUGGACUCUCUGGUUUGGGCAAUAGGCAAAUAUGUAGCUUCCGAAGUGUUCGCUACAUCUUUGCAGAAGUCACCAGUUACCUGCUAGAUCAAUCUUACAGACAUACUAAAGGCUAAUCUCAGUGAUGUACCACUGUCAUUAUGCCAUUAUGGUUCCCUAUGUUUUGAAGUUGAAA